UGGUCUACUACCGACUCAACUACAUGCACUUUAAUUGUAUAUUUCGGCCUUGGGCUCAACCCGACUCGAAAAAUUUCCAUUUUAUUGAUACCAUCGAAUUACUAUUUUCUGUCGAUGUAUAUAACUUUCAAUUUUGUCCUUACCUCAAUUAACUCCUAUCCUAUCGCUUUCGCAAUGGCAACACAAAAUCUAUGCUCUCACUUUUACGACUUCCGUUCGUUUUGGCAGGAUCGCCAAUGUGAUAUCCUGUAAAAUGAAUGAGAUACUCCACGAGCUACCAUUCAACCGUGCACUCCAAACGUCUAACUUUUUAUCUGACCUCGCUUCAUGACGUCACACAUACUGUAUUAGGAUGCCACAUUACAUCAUGACGUCACAUAACAGCUUUAGGAUGCCACAUCCUGCAAGGUUUUGGAGCAGUGGCAUGAAGUCAAACAACAAACAACAGUUUUUGAUAGUGCUACCUAGAAAAGGAGACUCUCAGUUCUGUAGAUCCAAUCAUUUAUUGUGCCUUUGGUCACGAAUGGUUUACCCCGUUUGCCACAAGUGAAUAUGACCUACCAAAUACGGUACUUCGUAGCGAAUUUCGUCAGCUUGUCAGCUUCUUUCAACAUUUGUUCCGAUUUGGAGAAGCAGUAUCCUGGAGCUUCAAGAAAUGACCAGCAGAACACACAGCUUUGUCCGCGGCAGUGUAGAAGGCAAUUCUAUGGAAAACUGCCAACUCAACUGUGUUGCGACAAUCAAAGGACGAUAUGUGUUGCUAAGAAUGGCGGAUAUACUCCACGGAUUAAACACAUAGAUAUCCGGCAUCGUUACAUCUGUGAAGCCUGUCGGAAUAUCAUCACAUUUAAUUAUGUCAGCUCUGAAGAACAUGUCCGAUGGACUGAUGAGACUUCUUCAACGUGCCAAGCUGGAGCGGAAUCGACGUAACAUGGGAUAAUAGUUUAAAGAGGAGAGUUGUAAAACGAAGUAACCCUUAUCUUAUAUAACCAGGCUACACAAAUAAAAUUAUCAUUCUCGUUCUGAA